GCCACGAUCCAGGCCAUUCUGCAUGAAAGCGACAAGGUUUGUGUCCCAUGAUUAAAAGUUCGUGGCCGGUGUGCCCAAAAAUUUCGUCGUUGAUAUGUUCGUCAGGCUCACGGGUCCCCUGCUCAGCACCAAGCAGAAGGACGUGGAACUCAACGUUGAGAAGUUUUCGUUGUCAGCAAAAGGCUCCGUCAAGAUUGCCCUUCCAAGUGGAGGACGCUGCCUGUCCAGUAGAUGAAAAGAUGCGGAAACUGGCGCUGAGCAGGGGUCUGAAGAUGAUCUGAGCACGGACAGCGAGAUGUGGUGGUCGCCUCGUCAAGGAGAAGUAGGACACCGACUUCUACAUUCUCGACAAGUUCCCGCUGGCUGUGCGUCCGUUCUCCACGAUGCCGGACCUGAAGGACUAGCGUUGGAGCAACUCAUGAUGAUCCGUGGCGAGGAGAUCGUCUCUGGUGCUCAGCGUGUGCACCACCCCAAGCUGCUAAUGCAGGCAUGGGCGAGCUCGGGGCUGUGGCAGGUGUAUUGGUCUGGAGCGUGUGUCAUGCCGUACCUGAAUCUGGGCAAAAUCCGUAUGACCUCCAUGUUCCCGCGUGACCCGGAGCGAUUGUUCCCGUAA